AUGUGAAGACAAAGAUGUCUUAAGAUGGAAAGAAAGUCAAAAAUACGGAUAAUGAAUCAAAAUAGAAACAUUUGUCACGAAAUUAAGAUGACUAAAUUGCACUUGCAGCUUAUCUUGCAUCCCUACCCUGGUGAUAAAUGGUUUUCAAUGUCACAUCUUGAAAGCCCUGUCCCAGAUGAUUGCGCAAUGGUCAUGAAAAGGAAUCUUUGUGCUUUACAAACGACUAAAGAUUCGUUUUUAGCCUUUUGUAGAUUACAAUCUUCCGUCCCAUUCAGUAGCGAUGCAUUUUAA